UCCAUUUUCAACUCCUAUCAAUCCCAUGUGACAGAGUAGAAAUACUCCGUAUAGUCUUCUAGGGUGUAAUCUGUACAUUAGCAGAUUUUCAGGUCUUUCGCCAGCAGAGCUACUGGGUGGCUUUGAACUGCCAGCCUUCCAGUUAGUAAUCCAAUGCUAAACCAUUGUACCACCUGGGUCAGAACAUGCAAUAUUCUAAGUUAUCAGAACAGGUCUUUGGAUGUUCGGAGACUGUUCAGAAAUAAAAACAAACAAGCAAAAAGAUAUAAUUCCAUCUGGUGUUUAUGUGCAUGACCCAUAAUCCCAGAGUAUUUAACUUCCAGCAUAGAGCAGGGACAGGGAGAGAGAACCGGAGAUACCUAAUUGAUAACACUUGCAUCUGUUUCAUGCUGCGUAAAUAAACACCUAACUCAAAUUUCUUCUUCUCUUCCUGCGUAGAUUUCCCAGAGAAAAAUGGCAGCAGGAAAUCACUCCACAGUGACCGAGUUCAUCCUUGCUGGGCUAACAGACAAACCAGAGCUCCAGCUGCCCCUCUUUCUUUUCUUCCUAGGAGCCUAUGUGGUCACAGUGGUGGGGAACCUGGGCAUGAUUACACUGAUUGGGCUCAGUUCUCACCUGCACACUCCCAUGUACUAUUUCCUCAGCAGUUUGUCCUUCAUUGAUCUCUGCUAUUCCACUGUCAUUACCCCCAAAAUGCUGGUGAACUUUGUGACCGAGAAGAACAGCAUCUCCUACCCUGAAUGCCUGACUCAGCUCUACUUCUUCAUUUUUUUUAUUGUAUCAGAAUGUCAUAUGUUAGGUGUUAUAGCUUAUGAUCCUUAUGUUGCCAUCUGUAAUCCAUUGCUUUACAGAGUCACCAUGUCUUAUCAGGUCUGCUCCCGGUUGGUAGUUGAGGUAUACAUGAUGGGCUUGAUUAGUGCCACAGCUCACACAGGUUGCAUGCUAAGAGUGGUUUUCUGCAAGGCUAAAAUAAUCAACCAUUACUUCUGUGAUGUUCUCCCACUACUGGAGCUCUCCUGCUCCAGCACUUAUAUCAACGUAGUGGUACUUUUGUGCUUCAGUGCGUUUAAUACUCUUGCACCGACCUUGACUGUCCUUGGCUCCUAUGCCUCCAUCAUUGCCAGCAUCCUGCAAAUUAGCUCCACUGAAGGCAGGUCCAAAGCCUUCAGGACAUGUAGCUCCCACAUUUUGGCUGUUACAAUCUUCUAUGGUUCUGUAGCAUUCAUGUACCUGCAGCCAUCAAAUGUCAGCUCCAUGGACCAAAGCAAAGUGUCUUCUCUGUUUUACACCAUUAUUGUGCCAAUGCUGAACCCCCUGAUCUACAGGCUGAGGAAUAAGGAUGUCAAAGUCGCUCUCAAUAAAAUCAUUGAGAAAAGGCUGUUUUGCAUUAACAAAGGUUUAUAAAUCUUGGUAAAUAUUCAGUAUGAAAGAAGCCCAGACACUGCAACAUAGAUACAGAAAUAGUGACAUU